UCAGCACGCCUUUGCGUAUCAGGCUCGCCGUGUUACCCGCGUUAUGUCUGCUAGGCGUGAGUUUUGUCCGCUGUCGUUUUUAGCAGAUACCGCUUUGCUCGAGAACAGGGCCAGUGCCCCCUUCGGGCAGAAUCCAGCACCCUCCCCUGUCACAACCCCCAGUGGGGAUGACGCGAGGCGCUAUGUACCAGCUCCCAGUGGAGAUGUAGCGUGUUGUGGGAACGGGGCCAUUGCCCAACCCGAACAGUGCACACGGGCAAAGUGGACCGCUACUGCUCCCUUUGGAAUGCACGGCAGUUCCAUGUCACAUCGCUCCCAAUCGGCUCCCAACGGAGCUUACGGAGCGCAGGUCGGAAACGCGGCCUCAGCCGUCACCGACUUUUGCCCGCUGGUUGCUAUGCAAGCAAGCAGCCAAGCUCACUUCGAGCGCGCGUCUGUACCGCUAGCCGCAAGCGGCUUAGCCAUUUCACGAGAGGCUGCCCCAAGCGGCGGCUGUGAACAACGACAGGCGCUCCCCGAGAGUGGCGCGACGCCGGCCGGUAUCCCUUUUGAAACCGCGCCGCUUAUCGAGCUCGGAGACAGUUCCCCACCGCUCGAACGCGCCGUUAACGCACCGACAGCUUCCUUUGAAGCAGGUGCACAGACGCUGCUGCAAAAUGCCGCCCAAAUGAUACAGGCGCUCACAGGGGCAGUCCAAACGCUUUCGGCUGUGCCGAAACGCACUCAUCCCGCUGUCAUGUUGGCCGUUCCGACCUACAGCGGGUACGGUGAUCUGCAAAGUGCAAGAGAUUACCUGGACUCCCUCACACGUUACCAGAGAGCCACGGGUCUGGACGAUCAGGAGGUGCUCGGACGCGUCGUCCCAGCUGCACUGACUGACACGGCGGCUAGGUGGUAUCGGCUUUCAGGCCACCGAGCAGCAACCCUCGAUGAGUUCCGCGCGGCCUUCCUGCGCGAAUUCUUACCCGCUGACUACGAGAGUAGGAUGCGGCGCGAGCUCGAGCUCCGCACGCAAGCUCCUGAUGAGUCGCUUCAGGAGUACGUACGCGCGAUGGAAGACCUUUUCUCUAUCGCUGAGCCCAGAGCUUCGAACGAGGAACGCGUCGAACGGGUGAUUAGGCAGGCGCAUCCGACCUUUUCGGCGUACCUGCGCGGCAGCCGCUUCCGAGAUUUAGAGGAAUUGGCCGCCGAGGCGAAGCGCAUUCAAGGCGACAUUCUCGCCGCGCGCGCCUAUCGCCCGCCACCGCCAGCCAGCGUGGCCCUUGAACCGCGCUGCGCGUGGGGAGGAGCCGUGCCCUUUCCCCAACGGCAACAGCCCCCCGGAGCUGCCUUUGCGGCUCCCGCUAGAAGCGGGCACAGUUGGGAGCUGAGCGAUCGCGCGUUAGAUCCCUACACGUACGGGAGGCGCGCAGCCUGUGCUGCACCGCAACUCGACACGCGCGAACAGGGACGCAAUCCGCCCCAACGCAUCGCUGAGGUUCGUGCCAGUGGUGCCGGCCAACGAGUCGUGCGCUCGAGCGACGUGGCCGAGGCGAGCACGGCUGAUCGGGCGCGUUGCCCCGGCGGCGAUGUCGCUCGUGCACGAUGCCCCCGUGGUCAGCCGAGCCAGCAGCAGCAGCAGGUUGUUCCAGUGUAUGGCUAG